AUGCAAUCUUUUCUUAACGAAAAACCAAAGAACGGGGUCGAUAUUCCACAUGCUCGUCUUUUAUCAGCUCUCAAGUUGAAUGAUGAGUUUGCAGAGUACUUUAAAGAUCGCGCUCAAAUCGAAGACAUGUAUGCCAAGAGUAUCAUGAAAUUGCAAAAGAAGAAUUAUAUUGUAGACAAAUCGGCAUUAGGCACUUUUUUGCCAUUGUGGGAAAUGCUUCAAAUUGAACUCGCACAACUAGCGUCCAUUCAUGGCGAAUACUCUACUGUAUUGACUGAGCAGAUCGAGCAGCCAUUGAGAGCAGCUAUACCCAACAAUCGUGAUUACGCUGACAUUCACAAGAUGGGCGAUCAUAUGCAAAGAAUUGCCCGAGAGUACGAUGAUCUUGAAGCCAAAAUUCAAAAACAAAAAAAGAACUCAAAAGGUGAAGCAAAGGCUGCAGAGUAUAUCAAAUUGCAAGAGCAAAAGUUGGCAGAGUGGAUCAAGGAAGCACCUGAAUUCUUACAAAAACACCAAAAAGUGGAUGAAUUUGGCUGGGAAAACUUAAAGACCACCAUCUAUAAAUUCGAGUCUAUCCAGCAAACACAUGCUGAGAAAAUGAUUGAAAUGGCUGGAAAUACCAUGACAGCUGCUGCCAACUUGCGUGUGGAUGAUGAAAUUGCUGCAUUCUGUGCAUCGCAUGGCGGUGGUAGUUUGAUGAAGAUCACUCCGCAUCAAGUGCCAAACACAACAACAGCGGAAUCAGUGGAAAGUCAAGCACCACAACCAUUAGUCGACACGAAUCACAUUGUACCUGAACCCUCUGUUUCAGAUAUGAGUUUGAAAAGCUCAGAUGCUGCAACCCGCCAUCCUCCACCUGCUCCACCAUCUAUCAAAAAGGACAAGAAGAGAUUUUUCUCUUCUCUUGUCUCUAUUAGACGCAAGCCAAAGUCAGAUGCCAACCUCAAUCAACACAUGGAUCAAGGUUUGAAUCCCUCUGAUCAGCAAAGUAAUGGCCGUCGUCAGCGUAGUUUCAGCAAUGCUGGAAGCUUUGUUGAAUCAUCCAGCCUCCACUCAAUCAAUACACACAGUACUUCAGACCAUCAUGAUGCUAAUAUGGCCAAGUCAGCAAGCACAAAUAAUAUUGGACACCUUCAUCAAAAUGUGGAUUUGAUGACACCCAACUCGCCCAACUCAUUGAAUCCGCCAUCUAUGAACAAUGCGCCUAGCUUAAAGGGGAGCUUCACCAAUGAUUCAGCCUCACAGCCACCUCUUAUUUUAAUAGAUGCUGAAGGAUACUCUAUUCCUCCUCCUGACCGCACAGCAUGGCCCGGAGAUGCCAACACCACCAAUGAAUCUUUGGUAGAUACAGAUGACAUGGCUUCAGACGGAGGAAGUGUCUUUAGUAACCCACGGAUUCGAGUUGACAUCAAGAACGAAGCUGUCACUGAAGAGGAUGCUUCACAAUCAGCUGUGGCUCUUUCGCGAGUAUCUACUCUGUUAAGAGAAAAAACUCCCAAUGCUACACCUACUGCAAGAAGAUUACGAGGACGACGAGAAAUGAGAGCCACACAACUGUACUCAGUCAUUGAGCAAGAUCAAAUAGUUUCAAAAGUAGACGGUUCUUCUGGACCUGCACCAGUAGCGGAUACAUCGCUCCAACCAUCCACGGAUUCUACAUCAUCAUUACCAGCAAACCCCUUUGAAAUGAGCCAAGAGAGGAUUGCAGAGAUACCAGAGGAAGAGGAAGCAACCGCAGUAACACAUCAACCUGUAGAAGAUUUGCCAUUGAUUAAUGUAUACAUUACCGAGACAGUGCAUGUACUUUCCAAAGCUGGGGAAGCAGAGAAAUCAGUCAUCUGGGGUGAGAUUGGUAUUGAUUACAAAGGACCUGCUGUGAGUGCUACACCCAUUUGCUUCCAAAUUAACCAUCAACAAUCACUGGACUCGAUUGAAGUGACUGACUAUGUCAAUGUAUUGGAUGGCUACAACUUACAAGACAACAUUUUCAAGAUCAACACACAACUUUAUCACGAGAAUUUCAGUACGUCGGAAGAAAACGCUGUAGCUGUUUGUAUCAAAUACCAAACCAAGCUGGAUCAUUUACCCAUCACUGUGAAGCCCAUUUGGAAGUGCGAAGCUCAAAAGAGCCGGUUGCUUGUCAAAUACCAUUCAAAUGCACCCUCAACAGCAACACUGGAUAAGGUCAUGUUGGCCACUUCAGUCACUGGGAAUGUACAAAAUGCGCUCAGUAUUCCAGCAGGCGAACUUGUUCUUUCUCAACACAGAAUUAAAUGGCAUCUGGGACACAUCUCCGGGAACGAUGAACAGGUCAUUAAGGCUCAGUUCACUACGCUGGAGCAAGCAUCUCCUCAGCCUAUUGCUGUUCGCUUUGAAAUGAAGGAUCAUUUGUUGUCUGAUGUCAGUGUACAACAAGGUGCAGAUGCUGCUGUCGUUCUUUGGGCUAAAAUUUGUAACGUUACCAAGAUUGUAAAGGCUGGAAAAUACAUCGCAGACGCUUAA